AUGUCGUCGAGUUUAUUCUCUCGCCCAACCCCAUUCGGUGAUAGUCCAGCGAUGCAUGCGACUGUCGAUAAAAGUAAACAACGACAUUCAUGCGGGAAAACCAUCGGUCUUCUUGUGGCACUUGUCUCAUACAUACUAGCAUUAACACUGAUCAUAGGUGAUCUUUUCUUUAACAGUCAAAUUUUCGGUCAGAUUCUUCAUCGUUUCCAUUCGCAUACGGAUCCAUUAGUUCCACCAAAAACAUGGAUCGCACCUAUCUGGAUGACCGUCUAUGGUUUACAAGCUCCAUGGUUACUCUAUGCCAUAACAACUCUAUGUCGUCGAAAUGGUGGCGGUGGUGACAGUGAUUAUUUAUAUAAAUAUCCUCGUCCAGUGCCACAAAUGCAAUUAUUAACAUUCAGUCUCGCUUGUUGGUCACACCUUUUAUUUCUAUUUCUUGUUCAACAUCAAUCCAAUGUUCUUGCAGUCAUUUAUACAGUCUUAGGUGCCAUGGCACUAACGUUCUGUCUGAUUACUUCUAUUAUUCAUCUUCAUAACUAUGAACGUGAAUUAUCUACAUGUCACCUAUUUGGUGAUAUUUGGUCGAUAAGAAUAUUUGUUCAUAACGGUCUUAGUGUCAUGUUAGCAUGGCAAAUUGCAUUGAUUGGCUUUUCGUCUCUAUACGCUUGUAAAUCGUUCUUAGCAGCAAAAGCUAGUUCACAGAUCAGUGAAUCAACAUUGGAUUUAGUUGGUGUAUGUUUGAUUGCUUCAAUGUGUAUAAUAGCAUUAGUUUAUGUGGUUUUAAUGUCAUGUUUCUUUUUCAAUACGAUGUGUCACGUUGUUGCAGGAUGGAUCUUCUUGGUCAUUCUAACAUUUAGCUAUUGGCAACACCAAGAUCAGCAUUCGAGUCAUCUGCUGCAUUUAUCAUUUUAUUUAACGACAGCCUUAUUAUCAUUCGUCGUAUGUUUGCAUUUAGUUCUCGCCUUUUUUCGUUAUUCGGGCACAACAUGGCGAUCUUUAACAAGUUCAAGUAGAGCCAGUUAUCGUCAUGCUAUCCUCCAAGGAAAGGACUAA